CCGAUCCCCUCCACUCAAGCCCUCUUCUGCUCACAGUAUGACCCACUCCGACGGCCAGCUGGCCCUCUCCAAUCCCAGCGAGCCUUCCACCUCGACGCAGGGGGAGAGACAGGUCAUGAUCCGGCCCGAUGGGACACGCUUGGUCAAGGUGACCUCUGGCAAUGGGCGGGUACGUGUGGCACUGCCCCUUCCUCUGGUCUCUUCUCCGCUCCAUUUCGCCUCCCAUGGAGCUGCAUGGCCCGCAUGGCAUCUAACUUCUCUUCGGGCGCAGGAAAUGUGGAUUUUCGACAAUUCCGACGCCGACCCCGAUGACCCCGAGGUGGAUGCGGAGCUGAACCAACUAUUCGUGGACUCGACCAACCGUAUGCGUGCCGAGAUGGGCCUUCCUCCCCUCCCUGCGCAGCCCCAUUUGAACACUGCUGAUCCGGCGGCUGGUCCGCCGGAUGAGUCUCCCCUAGCGUCGCUGGCCCAGCGAACCUGGCGUGGUGUCAUCAAGGCCAGCGACUUCGUGGCCAGCAUGAUUGGUCUGAAUGAUCCCCUCUUUGAUGUUGAGACUGACGAGCACCUUGACCGGGCCGAGGAGGCGAGCACAAUCCAUGCCACCUCCCACCCGGGCGAGGACGCCGAUGGAGAAGACGAUGACUCGGAUGCCGACCUCCCGGCCGAGGCCGCCGCGUCUUCUUGGAGCAACAAGCACAAUUCCAGCGCCCAUGAAGCUUUCCCCUGAGGGCCACUCCCUGUGCCUCCGCUCUCUUUCUUCCUCUUCUGCCAUCCCCCCCCCCCCCCCCCCCCCCUC